CUAAGCUGUCGCAUCCAUACAUCAGUACCUACCCAGUACUUCGUACCUACUAGUAGAUUGGACGGAGCUACGUCAGCUAUUAGAGAGCUGGCAAUUACUUUCUACUACAUAAUAGUACACAACCGCAUGUACAUUGUAGCAACUAUUACUUAUCCCAUCACUCACUUAUCGACAGACUAGUAACGAGAUAUAUUCUUUCCUGCGUCAGUUUUAAGGCCGUGUGCUUAACUACCAACACCAGAUAUCCAAUUCCUUUCCUAGACCUCUUUAAUUAGUCCCGGAACAGCCAAGGUGAGGGUUUUCAUCCCUUCUAUCCGCGUCUCGCCAUGUGGCGAGAUCGCACCAACCUCUACAUAUCCUACCGCCAAUCCUACGCUCAUCACCCGGCCAAGAAGACUCGGUACGGUCCCGGUCCCAGCGGCGGCGUUGGAAAUGGCUUCUCGGAAUUUAGUCGCGGUAGCGGCAGCGCCGCAUCCGAAGACCAACAAGGCCUACUAUCAGGCGGCGACUACCACGACGAUGGUGAUGCCGUGAUCGAGAUGGACCUGUUACCUCCACGCUGGGCCGACAUUAACGACGAAGUCUCGGAUCUUCUUGCCGACGUGGCUCGGAAGUCGCAGACCCUCGAGCGCCUACAUCAGAAACACGUGCUACCCGGCUUCAACGAUGAGGAGGCUAAGAAGGCCGAGGAGGGUGAGAUCGAACGCCUGACCCAGAACAUCACUAAGAGCUUCCACGAGUGCCAUCGGUGCAUACAGCGCGUUGAGCAGAUGGUGCGCGAGGGCAAGCAGAGCGGCUCCAUGACAAGGGCCGAGGAGACGAUGGCUAAGAAUAUACAAAUAAGCCUCGCGGCAAGAGUACAAGAGGCAAGCGCCGGCUUCAGGAAAAAGCAGAGCGCGUAUCUAAAGAAGCUUCGCGGCAUGUCCAGCCUAGGCGCCGUAUCGCCAGGAGGCGACCGAUCUUCCACGCCUCUCGGUGGCACUACCAGUAGCAGCUACGCGGCCGACCCAUCGCUCCUCGAGUCCGACGCCGACCGCUCGUACUCGCAAUCAGCUCUGCAGCAGACGACGCAGCAGAGGUUGCUUCACAGCAACGACGCCGUGAUACUGCAGCGCGAGCGCGAGAUCGAGGAUAUCGCGCAGGGCAUCAUCGAGCUAUCCGAUUUGUUUAGGGACCUACAGACCAUGGUCAUCGACCAAGGUACUAUGCUCGAUCGUAUCGAUUACAAUGUCGAGCGCAUGGCCGCCGAUGUCAAAGGCGCCGACCGCGAGCUCGUCGUCGCCGCCGGUUACCAAAAGAAGACCACAAAACGCAAGCUCAUAUUGCUCCUUGUAUUGCUCAUCGUCGGCGCCAUUAUACUUCUUGUCUUGAAGCCUAAGAAUCGUGGCCGGGGUGGCGGCGAUAAUGGCGAAGGGGGCUGACGCGAAUGUGUUUUCUUUUUGUUAUACAUUAAAAAAACAGUGUAGGAAGUACGGUAUCAUAAAAUUUUUGGCUCAACUCGUGUGUUUGGGCCGGUCGAAUUAGAUGUCGGGCGACUUAUCGCUAGCAUCAGAGGCGUUAAUGAGAAAUAUCUAUGUAUCAAACGGGCCUAUUUAAAUUUUAAUUAUAUCUUUUACAAGCACA